AUGGGUUCUGGAGCGUCAAGGGGGAAAUCGAAAGAGACCCAACGAUGGGCAGAUAAAGCAGACAACACAUCGACAAAAGAAUCUACAGGAGACAAAUCUGACGAAGAGAAAAAGUCAUUUUUUGGCAAAUCCAAGAAAACCCCUAAAGUCACUCCAAUCACCUCACCCAACGAUGAUGAACUAAGUUCCAACAAGAGCGACGGUGAAGACAGAAAAAGCCGUCGUAGCACGGAUUCUAAAAAGUCGGACAACAUCGAAAAAAUCGAACUUACUGAAGGGGUUGUGCAGGACUACAUCAACUUGGAAAAGGCCAUAAACAAGCUGGAGCGAAAAAAUGUGCUGAAAAAAUACGAAUCACAGACGAUCUAUGCCGAUAACUUGAAAAAUACUGUGGAGCAAUUGGAAGCUGUUCUGAAGGAGCUAAGAAAACAAACUGAACGUGAAAAAUCUGACCUGCAAAACAUCGAACAACCUUCAGUCAAAGAUUUUCUGAAACAACAAGGUGAUUGGGAAUCUCGCCAUUUGAAGGAAAAAACUGAAUAUGAGGAUGCUGUGAACAAACAGGAUGCUGUGGAAAAGGAGCUUGAGCUUUCGAAAGUCAAGUACGAAACGGCGCAGAAAAUCAUGGAAAUUUACAAACAACAAACCGACAAUUUGUUGGCGCUGUAUGACAAGCAGGACAAGAUGCUUAUUGGAAUAUUUGGGACGGACUAUGCGUCAGAAAAGGAGAACAUUCUUGAGGGCGAGGUGGACGAGAUGAUGGAUUGGCAGCAACGAGUAGCGUUGGCAAUGUUUAAAUGGGCAAAUGGCAGAGUGUUAUUGGUCCAUGCACUCACUCAGAUCACUUUUGGCAUCAAUCGAUGGCAGGAUAUCAAGAAAAUCGAAGAAAGCAAUACUCGAGCAAGGUACUUCGCAGCUGCUGAAGCUCGAAAUAAUUUCAUCGCAGCAGCACAAAAUGUACAAUCUUGCCGAAUGUAUCUAAAUAAGGUGGAAUUCCCCUAUGCGACAGAAGAGGAAAUACUUCUGAUGGAAGACACAGCUACAAAUGCGUUCAAAAACGUACAAGACGAAUCGGCUGUGAAGAAGGCUCUGAAAGUCUUCCAAGACACACAGCAAAAAGUUGCACGACUCAUACAAUGGUUUGACAAGGUGAUUAAUGACACCAUACGCAAAGAUUUGGAUCAAGCGAAUAACGCGGUCAUCAAGAAGCAGAAAGCCCUUCGAGAAGAACGAUUAGCUCUGAUGAAGAAAAAGGUAUCCAAGGAACUUGGCCACAACAUGGAAUUUGAAUAUGAUUCCAUCUCUGAUGACGAACUGGAGAAGGAGCUGAAGUCGCUUGAAGACGAAGCGAUCAAAGGAAUGAAGCAAGUCAAAAAUAAGAAGAUCACGGAAAUCCUUAGCUAUGGCCCUCAAGAGCAAGCAUCGCUUCCUCUCAACAAAUUGGCACCUAUUCCAAGCAAAGAUGCUCUUUUCGGUGAUGUAAAACAGAAAUUGGACGAACUUGAUACUACACGGAAGGAGUUUGUCAAGCGAAACUAUAUCCAACGUGAAAAACAAGCCAUGGCCAUACAGGAAAAGCUGAAGAUGAGACAACAGAAGAGUCGAAGAACAAGGAAAGAACGUCGUGCAAGUGUCGCACCAGCAUGA